AUGCUCCGCCGACACGUGGUGGGUCUGACGAUCACGAAGGCUCAGUGUCAACAAGACACGAUCCUCUUCCCCUUCACUGAAGCCAGAGAGUUUGAACACCUUGAACUGAAACUCACGGGAGCUAAGGUCAUUCUGACGGGUCGCCAUGGCAAAUACUUCUGGCUCCGGCUUUCGCUGGGGGUGCUUUUGAUGCACUUUGGCAUGACUGGAAUGAUCAAGUUGCGAGAUGUCGAUAGUCACUUGAUCUUUAUGGAAAAUGGUGGUGACAAGAAAGUUAAGGACGGCGUGGUUGUGAAGGAAGCCGGCAGCGACGAGUGGCCGCCGCGGUUUUGCAAGUUUGAGUUGGCGUUUGAUAAUGGUUUAGAGUUAGCGUUCCGAGACCCACGACGGUUGGCUCGGUUCAAAUGGUUUGAAGAUGGGGUUGAUACCGAUAAAGCAUUAUUGAAUAUAGCUCCGCUUGCUGUGCUAGGUCCUGAUUACUCUAAGCCUCAAACACCACCACUGUCAACGUCAGAACCGUUUAGUUACGGUGAUCCUGAUCCUGAUCCUCACGGACGCCCUCAUCUCGACUACGACGGGUUUGCUAAGCUUGUACUUUCGCGGAAGAAGCCGUUGAAGUCGAUGUUAUUGGACCAAACGCUCUUUUGUGGGGUGGGCAAUUGGGUUGCGGAUGAAGUGUGCUACCAGUCUCGAAUCCACCCUAACGAAGUGCUCCUGCAGAAGAUCUUGGACUCCGACCAUCCAGUACUAAAGACGCUUUACGAAAAACUCAUCUAUGUGUGUCUGUACGCAGUCGGGUGCGAGGCUGAUGUCACCAAGUAUCCCAAAGACUGGCUUAUGCUUCAUCGAUGGGGCAAGGGGAGAAAGCAAAAAGCGACGGUGGCUAGCGGCCACGUGGUGGAACACGUCACCAUUGGUGGGCGUACCAGUUGCUUCGUGCCUGAACUCCAAAAGAAGCUUCCCAAACCUACUGGUGGUGGUGAUAGUGAUGUGGAAAAUCACGACCCCGACGAUGACGUCACCAUAAAAACCGAGACUGAGACCACCACCAAAUCCGAGAUCAAAUCUGAGGCUACUAACGAGAAACUCAAGGCGAAGGCCACAAAGACUGAGUUAGUCACAGUAACCACCAAAGUUAAACGCGAGCCCAAGCGGAAACUCGAUCCGAACGAGUGGAUGUACGUACCCGAACGCAAACUCAGACUGCAUUCUCGGAUAAACUAA